GAAGUAGCUUGUCGUCUGGCGGAAGUUAGCCUCAAGCAUCUUUGCAGCGACCUUAGACUAUUAGAUAUUUAAUCAUACCUUUUUUAAUGCCCGUCAUCGGGCAACAGUAGGUGACAAUUAAGAAUUUAAAUUGUUUAUUUAAGUUUGAACAUUAUGUUUUCUCUCGUUAAGACUGCGGUCGGCGGACUGGCAGGAGCUUGCAGAGCCAACGGUCACCAGCAAGCUCCUUUGCAGAGCUACUUGAAAGUCCUCACUGCUGGGAUUAAAAUAUCUAGCGUCCCCCCAGACUUCACUGGUGUGGUGCUGCCAGAAAAACCCAAACUGAAGAUUAUGAACAAAGUGCCUAAUUUGAUAAAGGCCAAGAAAGAGCCGAAGAAGCUGCGAGACAUCCAAGGCCCUACAAAGACUGGAACCUCCUUCACCACUGGGCUGUACGGCAUUCUUGCAAUGGGUGGUGGCUACUUGCACUGGGGUCACUUUGAGAUGAUCCGCCUGACCAUUAACCGCAACAUUGACGAAAAGACCAUGUUCGCCCUGUGGCGCGUGAGUGCUCCGUAUAAGCCCAUCACUCGUAAAAGCCUGGGUCACCGCAUGGGCGGGGGGAAAGGACCCAUCGACCGCUACGUGACCCCGGUUAAAUGCGGACGUCUGAUCGUGGAGGUGGGAGGAAGAGUCGAGCUGGGCGAAGUUGAACAUUUCCUGACGCAAGUGGCGAAGAAGCUGCCUUUCCCCGCCCAGGUGGUGAGCAAGGAGAGUCUUGCAGAGAUGCAGAGGGAGCAGCAGGAGAGGGAGCAGAACAACCAGAACCCCUGGACCUAUAAGAGGAUCGUGCAGGGCAACAUGUUGGGCAUCAGAAAUCUUGUCAGUCCCAAGGACCUGCAUUUCCAAGGACGCUACACAGGCAAAUUUUUCUACCCGGAGAGGGUGUGACAAACCGGAGGGACAUUUCUUCAUCCAGUGCUCUUUGUUUCAUUGUCACAUUUUGUUGAAUAAACAUUUGAAUUUUUCUGCUGCUAAGGAAAAAAAAAAGA